AUGCCUGAACUACCCCUGACAGGACCUGGAUUUGGUGGACGAGUUGGUACAAGUCAAGGAAGCUUACUGACCCAGUAUCUACUAAAGAAAAGGGGUUUGAUUAAAGAGACAUGGAUGGAUGAAGAUCCAAGGGAAGCUAUCCUAAAAUAUGUUGAUGUUGCAGCAAAGGAGCCAAAGUUCAUAGCUCCAGCCUAUGCCGAAACUCAACCUGAGCCAUUGUUUGCGAAGUCAGAUUCUGAGGAUGAAGAGAAAUGA